AUGUCCACUGCGAUCACGUCGCUUACACCAUCCCAGGUUAACGAUGAACUGAACAAGAUGCAAGCCUUCAUCAAGAAGGAAGCUGAAGAAAAGUCGAAAGAGAUCCAAUUGAAGGCUGACCAAGAGUACGAAAUUGAAAAGACUGGAAUUGUGCGUAACGAGACCAGCAACAUCGACUCUGCCAUGGAGGCUAAAAUGAAGAAGGCAGCACUCAAGCAGCAAAUUACCAAGUCUACGAUUGCGAACAAGAUGAGAUUAAAGGUUUUGUCAACCAGAGAGCAGGUUCUCGACGACAUUUUCGAAUCCGCGAGCAAGGAACUUAAAAAGAUUUCCUCGGACAAGAAAAAGUACAAACCCGUGUUGCACUCUGUGAUCCUCGAGUCGUUGUUGAGACUUUUGGAGCCAGUCGCUGUUGUUAAGGUCAGAGAGCAAGAUCUUUCUCUUGCCAAGUCCAUCAAAGACGACAUCAUCAAGGAGUACAAGGAAAAGUCAGGCAAGGACGUGACUUUGGAGUUCUCAUCUGAGUACUUGAACAAGGGCUCUGCUGGUGGUGCUAUCGUCACUAACGAGAACGGCAGAAUUGAAGUCGACAACACUUUGGAAGAAAGAUUGAAGUUGUUGAAUGAGGAGGCUCUUCCAGCCAUCAGACUAGAGUUGUUUGGUAUUUCUGAGACCAGAAAAUUCUUCGACUAG